UGUAAAUUUUGGCAUCAUCGAUCACUAAAACGUGUGCAAAAUGCACCUUACCCAAAGAUAUGCCGUAUUGAUGUUGAUCGCGGCACACUUCAUAACAGUACUAAACGAUCCGUAUUGGUGGACCUAUUCACAUUUCAACUGAUGGAUCAAAUGUUAGUGACGAACAGUUUCGAUCGUCUACUCGUUGUCUACAUGCCAAUUUCAUAUUUCAAAGCAGUGGAGCGAUUUGUGAUCGUUGAAAUCACGGUUGCCGUCCUGCUAAUGCUUGUGCUCGAGAUAUUCACUGUCAUCGCUGCACGUUCCGGUGGCGUUAUGGUCACCCCAACAGCAUGCAUGUAA